CCGAUCCCAUCCCCCAAACCAGAUCAUUAAUUCCAAAUCCAACCUCGCCGCGCAACCCAAUGGCAACAAUGGCCGUCGUCUCGAAGGCGGCUGACGCGGUGGCGGCGCUCUUCUCGCUGCUCAUCGCCGUGGCGGCGCCACUGUUCGACUCCCAGGUCGUCCUGUCGCGGCGCCUCUACCCGGCGCCGCUGGUGAACGUCUACCGAUGGUUCGCGGCUGAGGUCGACCACUACCUCGUCGCUGACCCGCCGCCGUUCUUCCGCGGCCUCGUCUGGCUCGCCCUCGCUUUCCUUUGGCCGGUCUGCGUCGCCAACCUCUACGGCGUUCUCGCGCGCCGCCGCUGGGCCGCCACCACCUCCCUCAUGGCCGGCGUUUUCAUGCUUACAUACUUGUCUGCCAUGUUUGGGGAGAUGUUGGGGUCCGGGAGAGCAACACCGAAGCUGGUUCAGUUCUACGUCCCAUUCGUUGUGAUUGCUGUAGUUUUAGUUUUGCGUGGCCUCUGCUCAUGCUCGCAGGUGCCGGCUGCUGCAGUUUCGUCAGUUGAAUCCGAUGUUCACAAGAAGAGCGUCUAGCUAGCUAGAUUCACAAUAACUCAAGGAUAUAUCUUUUCUUUGAAAAUCUGUUCAAGUACCACCAGAUGUCAGCUGUAUCGCGGAGCGAAAAUUAUUGUAGUCACUUAUAACAACUCUUCCAGUGUAAGAACUUCAAGCAGGUCGA